GGUGACACCGGCCCGCCCAGGUGCCUGGGACCUCUGUGAGGGUCUCACCCCACUGCCAAGAGGGAGCUGGCAGGUGGGCUCUGCCCUGCUCAGCCCCUGCUCCAAUACGUGCUGGGGGCCUCUUGGUGCUCUGCUGCCUGCAGAGUAAUGCUGUACCUGCUCUGGGCUCUCUGUAGGAUCCCAGGGCAGGAGUGUGAAUCACAGCAUUGCGUAAGGCAGACCGGCAGGUGCUGGCCCACGUCUGGAACAGGUGAAGAGAGAGCUCAGAAGGAUGCUUGCCCCUGUGCCCCACAGGCCAUGGUGAACUCAGGCCAUAUGGCCAGGCGUGUGGGACCAGGAGCUGCACCCACGCCUCCCUGCCUGGCCCUUCCCAGGUUGGCUGCUCCAGCAGCCCUGCUCUCUGUGGUCUGAAGGUCAUGCUGCUGCGCAGUGGGGACAGUGCAGAGUCCCCGAUCCUGUUCAGUAGCAUUCUGAAGUUGCCAGGCAUGAUGUUUUGGGGUCUUCUUUCCCUCCUCCUCUUCGCUGUGGCCAGCGGGACGCCCAUUGGUGACCAGGAUGAGGACAUCCAAGUGCAGGAGAAUUUUGAGCCUGAGCGGAUGUAUGGGAAAUGGUAUGAUGUAGCUGUUGGCACCACCUGCAAGUGGAUGAAGAAUUACAAGGAGAAGUUCAGCAUGGGCACACUGGUGCUGGGCCCCGGCCCCAGCACUGACCAGAUCAGCACCAUCAGCACCAGGCUGCGGCAAGGUGACUGCAAACGUGUCUCAGGAGAGUACCAGAAAACCGACACCCCUGGCAAAUACACCUACUAUAACCCCAAGUGGGAUGUGUCUAUCAAAUCCUACGUGCUUCGCACCAACUAUGAAGAAUACGCAGUCAUUCUGAUGAAGAAAACAAGUAAUUUUGGCCCAACCACCACACUGAAGCUGUAUGGGAGAAGCCCAGAGCUGCGGGAAGAGCUCACUGAGGCUUUCCAGCAGCUGGCUCUGGAGAUGGGCAUCCCUGCAGAUUCCAUCUUCAUCCUGGCCAACAAAGGUGAAUGUGUCCCACAGGAGACUGCCACUGCACCUGAGAGGACACGGAGAGCAGUGCUGCCACCCGAGGAAGGCUCAGCUGCAGGCCCUCUGCUCACGUAUGUUGGUAACAAAGAAGACGCAUGCCGGCUGAACCGAGACCCGGGGCCCUGCAGCGGGAUGCUCUCCCGCUUCUUCUACAACACCUCCUCCAUGGCCUGCGAGACUUUUCUCUAUGGCGGCUGCCUGGGUAACGGCAACAACUUCUACUCAGAGAAGGAGUGCCUGCAGGCCUGCCGGACCGAAGCUGCCUGCAGGCUGCCCAUCGCCCAGGGGCCCUGCCAGAAACCGGUGAUACGCUGGGCCUUUGAUGCGGCUCAGGGCAAGUGCAUCAAGUUCAGCUAUGGGGGCUGCAAGGGCAAUGGGAACAAGUUCUACUCAGAGAAGGAGUGCAAGGAAUACUGCGGGGCUCCUCCGCAGGCAGGUAUGGCUUAUUGCUGCGUUGGGGACCAGGCAGGUGCUGCUUGUGCAUCCCAUCCUGCUUGAGGCUGUGUCUCUGUUCUGGGUCUUCCUGCAGCUGUGACUGGUCCAUCCUGGACCAGAGACUCUGAUGGCUUGAGAAAAAAAGAUUGUUAAUCUACAGACAACAUCACACAUAGGGACUGUAUAAGCUACAAAUGCACCAAGGCCAGGACCAUACUUCAAAAUGCUCAUGAUAACAGGGGGAAAGGCUGUAAGCAAGGCAGGGAGCAGUGGAGGUGUCAACAGGAGGUGUCCACAGGAGGAGCAGCUGAAGGAUUUGGAGGCACUGGGGAUCCUGACACUGGAUAGGGACCGAACCCACUUGGGAUGAACUCUCCAUGAUUGUAUGAUCACCCUCCAGCUUUAGUCAGCACAGAGGUUUCCUCUUUGUGAGGUUCAACAGGCAGUGCUCUGCCCCCAGGAUGGAUGGACAAGCAGUCUCAUUUUCAGCAGUGUAGCAGGGAAGAUCUUACUGCAGAGUGGUUAGCUCUGGGUGAAUCUGAUCCUGAUGUGGCAAGUGGAGCUGGUAGCCCAGCAGGUGGGAUAUGGGGACAAAGUAAGGGGUCAUGGAGCAGAAUCUGUUUUCUAUGAUCCUGCUGCCAGUUUGAAGUGCAAUCAUGUCACUAUGGUGGGACAUGAAGUGACAUCUCAGGACAGCAAGGGUAUGUGCAGAGGGUCUGAACCACUUUCCCUAUCACUGCCGAUCAGGACAAAGCAGGAAGCAUCAGCCAUCACCUGUUUGUGGGGUAUGAGUGGGGAUGAGGAUGGUGUCUGUGGGUCUGUCUGUCACACUGCACACUGCUCUGCUUGCAGAGGAUGAGGAGUUUCUGCAUCUGUCAAACUGACAAGGGUGAAGGAUGAACACUGAGCACAGGAGCCAGGGCCUCACAGGAGCUCCUGCCUGUACAGGAAUUAUCUCCAACAAUAAAUGACUCUGACAUGACCAAUGAGCCCACUGUUCAUCCCAGAGCUGGCGGGGAGCUGGGCGGGGGGGCUCCAAGAGAGGCAGGAGAUGCUGUUGAGUCACUGCUGGCCUCCUCGGGGGGGUCCCUCCUGUCCUGAGCCCCUGCCCCUAUCUCAGCCCCGCUGACCUCUGCCAGCACGUCGCCCCAAUGGGGGCUCUGCCAUCCCGCUGGAUGGGCGUCAGGUCCCAUGUCCUGGGGCAGUGAGGGGGGACAGGCAUCUGCUUCUCUCUGAGGGCGAAUAAUCCAUGCUGCACCACCGUCACAUUGGACGAGACACAUUGGGACUGUGGGGCUCUGUGUUGAGGCUCAGCGCAGCACAGCCCCAGGCCCAUCCCACAGGUGUGGGUGCCUCAGUGCCUUCCACUCCUGCUCCCCCAGACAAUGCGGGCUCCCCUGGAGCUCUGACGCGGAGCCCAGCAGCGGGCGGCUCAGAGCCCCCACAGCACCCGGCCCUCAGCAGGAGCCCACGGUGCCAGCUGGGAAACGGAGGUGGGGGCACAGGGACUGAGGGGUCACGG